CUGGUUUUCAAUUUCAAAUUUAGCGAGAGCUAAUUUGGAUUUUGUGAAAUUGGAAGAUACAUUAAUUUAUUCUUCAGACAGUGCUAUGAUGCUUAAGGUGAAAGAAAAUAGAUGUCUAUUCACCUGUAGAAGAACUUAAAAAUAAAGAUUCGCUUCCCCCAAAACACCACUUGAUGGAAUUCGUUGUCAACGGUCACUUCGGUACAGGUGCAGAUGAGUUGCUAGAUGAACUAUACUCAAUGUCCGUGCGUGUGUCGGAGGUGUUAGACCAGCUGGGUUACAGUGAGUCCAUGGUGAGAUAUCGGUGUGAAGCGACUGAACGGUUGGAUAGGCUACUUAACAGACACCGGACGGACUACUUAGGGAUCACUAUUGGCAGUAAGCAAGAGGGCUAUUGUUGCCCCUUUGAGAGUGAUAGAGACGUGAUGUUUAUCCACGAAACAGUCGUAUGUAGACUGCAAGAAGAUGGAACCAGCUCAUUGCCUGACACUCUCACCGAGUUCAUCAUGGAUAAUGAGUACUGCAACCCUGGGUAUUACAGACUGGAACUUAUACGCAAGGCUAAAGAAGAAGAUUCCAAUCUGGUUGUUAAUAUCAUUUCCUGCGUAAAAGUGCUACAACAAUCAAUCAGAGAUAACUUCCUUCCCUAUUACAUGAUCCCGGACAGGAACCUCCUUAGAGGCAGAAUUAACCUGACACAACGUCAUCACCUGAUUGCUAAGCUAGACAUGCUGAUACAAGAAGGUCCCCUUGUGAUAAUGAGAUGCCCUAAAGUGCGUUUAGCCUUGCAGAUGCCUUCAGCUGAACUGAUAAAGCAGGGGCGAUGGAGGGACAAGCUCGAGAAGCUAUGGGUGGAGAUGUGGAACAUGUGGUGGGCUUACUGCUUACCUGGAAUAGAGGUGGAGGAGAUGUUUAGGCAGGCAGGAAGAUCUCAUAGCUUCAUCAAUGUAUGGCAAGAGAUGAAUGACUUGGUAUGGCCGCAGUGGAGACUAUACCAGGGACAAGAUUUUCCGACCAUAUACAGACGAAAAAUACUAAUUGCACUAAAAUAAUGAUGUGGCAAAUGUUAAGAUGACCAAAGCAUAUAAUACAUCAGCACCUUGUAUGACCAUAACUAAAAACACUCUAAAUCUUUGAUUCAAGUUUAUUGUUUUCACGAUUUCAUUUCUUCAUUUGUAGUUUGUAUAAAGAGGCCGAUGAUUUUUCCAUUUACAUUUAGUUAAUAGCCGAUGAAAAGCAUUUCAUGUUUGGUCAAUAGCUUUUAUCAAAGUUUAUUGAUGCUAUUCUCCCCGUUUUAUCGUAUUGGGGAGAAAUUUUUCUCAACGUAGCCAUUUCAAAACUGGUUUGGGCAGUUUUUGUCACUUUAUAGCGAUAAUUGAAAAGCGGGAAAGGGUGUUUCUAUGUUAUUUAUACGAAGACAUUCAUAGGUCGACACUGAGUAAAUUUAGAUGUGGUGAAGCCCCUCUACGAAUUGAAACUGACAGAUAUAAAAACUUACCUGUUGAAGCUAGAAAAUGCCCUUUUUGUGAUACUGUAGAAAAUGAGUCUCAUGUUAUCGUUGAUUGUAAAGAAUAUGAUGAUUACUGUGUUACAUUGUUUGCUAAGGCCGUUGAAACUGAUAACUUAUUUCUAACUAUGAGUAAUACUGAAAAGUUGAAAUUUAUACCCUGUCAUUCUGCAUUGCUACGACUUGCUGCCAAAACCUGUGAUUUUAAACUGAAACAGUUGUAUCUGUGUAAACAGUCAUUGCGGUCAUGUAUAUGCUUUUGAGUGUGUAGAUGUUUCUUUAUUGUACUUUGUGAGGGCUAUAUUUUAAAACGUCACACAAAUGAUAUUGGUUCCUUAUUAUUAGGUGAACCUUCUAUAUACUGGUCUAUUAUUCCAAGUUCACCUACCUGUUUUAGUGUUUCUGGGAGCUUUUGUCAGUAAUAAGUCGGGUGUUUCACUUUUUCUAUAAGCUGUAACAGCAAAUCUUAUUUUCAUUGAUGGACGAAAAUUGUUUGUGUGGCAUAUUUAUGUUUAAUCUGUACGUACAGGUGUUUUUAUCAGUCAGUAUCAGUGACAUAUUUUAUAACAAUAAUUAUUUAUUUUGUGAUAAUAUGUUCUGUGAAUAUGUCAAAUAGUUCCUUGUAAUUCUGUAUAGAAUGGCCAUAUGUUUUAUGUAUUGCAUGGAAUUUUUAGUAUGUAUAUGGACGAGACUCAAAUAAAGGUAUAAUAAUAAUAAUAAUAUAAUUCGUCUAGGGAACUAUCAUUAGUCUAUAUAAUAUAUUGAACAGUUCAUGAAUCAAAUUUAACUUAUAUUAAAGUUAAAACACUAUUCGGUAACA